AUGACUUCUCAAAAAGAUGGGCGCAAGAUGAAAGCGCCUGAGGGAGAGGAUGAUAAUAAUCCAGCAAAGCGUAUUUGUACGGGCGGAAACAAAGAUGGCGAAAAGGAAACGCAAAAAAAAAUUGAGUUAAAACGCCUGGAAAUGUCGAUAAGGAAGAAGCUCGGGCUACUUCUUGACUCGAUUGCCGCUUUCGUGUCAUAUAGGAACUCGUAUUUGAAGAGUCAGCCAGGAAAUUCUCCGUCAGGUACCGGUAGUGACGGAGCAGAUGACAAUCGAUCCGCCAAUAACUCCAAGGAUGAGUGCCCUCUCUCAUGA